CGUCACGGUUAACCGUCAAGUGGUUGCUGUGAAUAAUCGCGAAGUUCAUGCGUCGCUUGUUACUGUGACAAUGCAACAGCUGGUAUCGCUGGGCUGUCUGCUCUUCCACGUUUUCGUGGUGUUCGCCACCGAGUUCACGUUUGAGCUCCCCGAUAACGAUGAACUAUGCUUCUACGAAGAGAUGGAGAAUGGUGACAAGUUUGAUUUAGAUUACCAAGUGAUAUCAGGAGGCAACUAUGACGUGAACUGUUUUGUGGCGGAUGCUAACGAUAACAUCUUGUACAACGACGAGAAGAAGCAAUACGGCAGCUUCUCGCACACCACCACCAUGAAGGGUGUCUAUAGGGCCUGCUUCAGCAACAAAUUUUCCACCUUUUCACACAAAUACGUAUAUCUGGAUUUCCGGCACGGUGACGAGAAUCUUCUCCUUCCCAGCAUGACCAGAGCCACAGCGCUAACUCAGUUGGAAUCAACAUGCGUGUCCAUCCAUGAAAUCCUGAAGGUGGUAUCGGAGUCGCAGACCUGGUACCGGCUCAGGGAAGCGCAUGACCGCAUCAGGGCAGACCACAUCCACAGCAAUGUCACUCUCUGGUCCCUCAGCGAAACGGUCCUGCUGUUUGUCAUCGCUGUGGGUCAAGUCAUGUUGCUCAAGAGCUUUUUCAGUGAGAAAAAAGGCCCGGUGGCCGUCCCAACUUAGAACACGUUUCCUCCAUUGCACCAGGAGUUCAGCAUUUUUUCCUCAAUGUUUUACAAAAAAAUGUUUUUGCUGGAAAGAGAUACCACUCAGACUUGCUUUAAAUUAGAUGCUUGCAGAUAGAGAGACGAUUUAUUGUCCUUUACAGUGCCCUGAAAACGUAUUUACCCCCUUCCUGAUUUCCGUGUACUUUGCAUAUUUAUCACACUCAAAGAUUUCAGUUCAUCGAACCAAUGUUAAUAUCGCAGAGACAUGUCAAGGAAAUACAAAAUGCACUUUCUAAAUGCCAAUUUAAUUCAUUUAAGCACAAAAAAAAAAAUCAAAACCUGCCUGUUCCUAUGUGAAAAAGUAAGUUGCCCCCCUCUUGUCAAGUCACAAAGUAACUGACUGACGACAGUUUUGGGAAAGCUGAGUUGAAUUUCACAGGCAAUACCCUAAAAUUUGUUUGAUGAACUGAAACCUUUGUAUGUGAUAAUUAUGCAAAGAACACAGAAAUCUGGAAGGGGCAAAUACUAUUUCACAGCACUGUACUUAUUCAUACGACAAUUCGGAACGAACCAACUGACUUAAUGGUAUGUAACUUCGUCAACGGUCAGCUAAUAUAAGGAGGGGUGGAGUGGCAUAAAAAAAUCGGCCCUAGUGUUUUGGCUUAGACCAGGCUUGCACGUGUACAAAAGCACGUUCAGCAGGAUCAAGCCUAAGGAAAAAGCAACAUUUUGUUUGUCUGAAUUUAUGAGAUAAUGUCCUUUUAUUUGUAAUUGGCUAACAGCCAAUGACAGUUUUGUAUUAUUGACCCAUUCAUUCAAACUGUAUCUAAAAAGCACAGUGACACAAAAACAAACAAAAAAAAAUCUUCCCAAUUCUAAACACCGCUUUUAGGUUUGUUUCUGCGUGUAUAAUUGAUGUGUUGAGUAAGGUUCUGGAUAUGCAUUCCUGCUUGUAUUUUGAGCAAGGUUCUGGGUAUGUGUGCAUUUUAUUUCAUGACUGUGGAUGGUAUGAUAAACUGAGUUCUCAUCCACGUUGUUUGCUAGCUACAAUAUGAAAAUAAUGGAUUUAAUUGAUAAUGUGUGAAUCAAAAGUUCUAGUCUAAAGAUCGAUUCUUCGAAAAAUUGUAUUCAGACAUGAAUCCUAACCAUCAUUGGCAACGACAUAGCACAGCCACUGAUGUACAGCGGUUCAGUUUGCUGUCUAUAUCAUAAAUGGAUUAAUUAAUGGGCUGUUCCCUCUCAGUUGUGGGCUGAACCUUUGUAGAGAAAAUGGAGGAAAAUUAUGAAAUAGCGUUGCAUUGGGCCCACAAGACGCCAGCCCUCCAGGCAUCUGACCUCUAUGCCACAUGGCUAGUUCAGCGCUGAAAAGGAGACUCAAGUAGAAACCGAUAACUGUCCGUGUUCAUCCUAAUUUAUAUGGGAAAAGUUGUUACAAAUUUUGAAAUUAACAUUUCUGCAUUGUUUUUA